GUACGUCCAGGAGGCACUACGGGAAGUCCGUCUCGGUGAGAAUUUUAUCCCCCGUCGCGUGGUUUUUCUGCAACCGACCGUUAGUUAACCGUUUAGUCCGUUGGAAGAGGGAUAACAACGGUAGUGCGUCUGGUGGAAGAUCCAACUUGUGUGGGUCUUUAGCUCCAUGUCAGGAGGUAUUCUUUUCCAUUUACAACCACGGGAUGUUUAAUUCCGUAAGUAGGAGUAUAAAGUGAACGAGUUGUGAAUUAAGCAGCAAAAGGGUAUCAAGAAGACGACAGUAAGAAUGUUGAACAUCAAGUCGGUUGAUGCCCUGAUUACGAUCUAUUUCUCGCAUCUGAAGUGCGCAUAGGAGAAGUGGAUGCUGAUGGCUUCAGUAUGACUUAAGGAGUGUUGAAUAGGAUAAUUAAUAUUCGGGAGGAUAUGUCUUUCGAUGAUAGAAAGUUUCUAUUUAAAUUCGCUGUCGUUGCGAAUUUUUAAACGUGAAACGAUGUGCGUCAUCAAAUAUGCAGAAUGAUUCAAGUGUUGAUAGCUCCUGGGAAGGAAAUGGUUUAUAUGUGCAAAUGGUGCUUUCGCCUGAAGGGAAUUGCAGUCAUUACACAGCCAGUGGCGAUGAAGUGUUGAACGAGUUAGUGCUAGGAAGUGGUUUAACUGAAUCGAAUACCAGCAGUGAAUUUCUGAGAACUACCGCAUACUCGCCCUAUUUAGCAACGACUGUGGCAGUGUCAAGGAGUCUUGAAGAAUCGUGGUUUCAUCAAACAACUUACCAACCGGAAAUCCUACCAAACUCGAAAGAUCAAUACUACGACAUUGACCAGCAGACGUUUCUGUACUACGCAGAGCUGCUGAGUGUGCUCAACUUCUACUACAUUCCCGCACUGGUGCUAUUUGGUAGCAUCGGCAACGUAUUGUCAGUGUUAGUGUUCUUUAAGACGAAGCUCAAAAAGUUAUCCUCCUCAUACUACCUGGCCGCCCUCGGUCUAAGUGAUACGUGUUAUCUGUUCGGUUUGUUCGUGCCCUGGUUAAACUUGAUUGAUAUCAAAAUCUACACCCUGGAAAUGUACUGUCAGUUUUUUACCUUCUUCAGCAACCUGUGCAGCUUCCUGUCGGUGUGGUUUGUGGUGGCUUUCACGGUCGAGCGCUUUAUUGCCGUGCUUUAUCCGCUGAAGCGGCAAACGAUGUGCACCGUGCGGCGUGCCAAGAUAGUGAUAAGCGCAUUGACGCUGAUUGGAGUGUUUAUCAGUCUACCGGUGAUAUUUUUCGCCUCACCGCAAUAUUCACCCGCUAUGAAUGAAACCAUCUGUGAUAUGCCGGACGAGUACAAAGACCAGAUGACGGUAUUCAACUAUCUCGACACGAUUUUGGUGUUCGUGGUUCCGUUUACUGUUAUUGUGGUUCUGAACACUUUCACUGCACUUACCGUGUGGAAAUUUGCCGGUGUACGGAGAACGAUGACUAUGCCUCGGAGUUUCGGCAGUAAUAUCCGGGAAUCUCGACGACAGCAUCACCAGCUCAAUAAUUCUUUAACGAAUCAGUUGGUUUUGAAUGGAAACAUUCCGAUUCAGCAGGUUCACCAUUAUACUAGAAGUCGUGUAGCGAAUUCUCAAAUUAAGGUCACGAAGAUGCUGCUAAUAGUUUCGACCGUGUUCGUUUGCCUGAAUCUCCCAAGCUAUGCGGUUAGAGUGAAAAUAUUUUUAGGGACGGAACACGCUCACAUAAUGGUGCUGGUUCAAAACUGCUGCCACCUCUUCUUCAUGACCAAUUUCGGAAUAAACUUCAUCUUAUACUGUGUAAGCGGACAGAAUUUCAGGAAAGCCGUGUUUGGGAUGUUCCGUAAGCGCAGCACGAGGCAAAUAAAUCAGGAGCAAGCAUCCGGUACGCAGAUUACAGAGUUCGUUCUCCGCAGCGGCUCAAAAAUGCGGCGGAAUCCGACUGCAAUCAACGACCCAGACACUUCCUGGCGGGACCUGACUGAUUACCAAAUCACAAAUUUUGUAAAAUAAACGAAAGUCGCCCUAGAGCCACGGAAAACACGGGGCUAGUCGUGACUGCAUGCGACCACACGGUUGUCAAAAAGGAAACGAAAAUCGUUAUACAACGUGACAGACAUCAGGACAGAACAAAUAGCUUUAGGCGUGUCUCUACCAUUAUUCGUGUUGGAUAUUUUGUUUAGAUUUAUUUUUCGAUGAAAAUAAAAAGAGAGCAUA